CAUUCUGUUCAGUAGAAGUAUCCCAGCAGAGACAAAACCACACAAAAUAAGUAUUGCAGGUGCAAGACUCUCAACAUAGAUCAAAACCAGGAACUGGGAUCUUCAGAACUUCUGAUCAAGAGCUGUCAAACUAGAAUUACACUUGUUUUUAGUAGGAAACUUGAGACUUGAAAAGGAAGUCAAGUGAGAUCAUUGUCAUCAGUAUUUCUUCAGCGCCUCCACAAUGCUGCUCCGCUCAGGCCGUAGAAAGCCCUAUCAAAUGCCUCCCCGUAGAAGGCAGUCUGUGGAGAAGAAAUUUCUGCUUAGAAACAUGAGAACAGCUGCUGGAAAGUCAGCGUUUAGCCUGCGAGAAACAUUGAAAUGUUAUAUACUAACUGAAGAUUCAAAAACAGUGCAUUUUGAUAUAGAUGAAGAUGGUCAUCAUGAAAUAUGUACCAAGGAUUCACAAUCCCAUGAAGAUAUUGCGUGGUUAAGCAUGUUCACAAGGACUGAAGCAGCAGGUACUGAUAAAUCUCUUGGGGAACAAACAGAUUCUAACAAUUUGGUGAGCCUCACACAGAGAUCAAAGCUUAAUGAAUUUGUCCUGUUGUGCAAGGGUAAGAAGCAUCUCUCUCUGAAGGUCUUAAAAGCAUCCUGUUCAGAGCCAGAUGGUCCUUUAGUGGAGAGAUGUAAAAGGAAAACUUGCGGCCAUGAAGAUCCUGACUUUAAACAGCUGAGUGAAGAUAAUAACUUCUUCAUCAUGCAUUGCGAAGGAGAUUCAGUGCAGUUCCAAUGCUACGAAGAUAGAAGGUACUAUCUGUGUGUGAACGAUGAUUCACUUGACAUUCGCAAGCUGGAAAACAAAGAGCCCAAUGAGGACAAAAAUUUCUACUUCAGGGUGUCACUCUUACAAGAGAAGUAACUUGUCUACUUUUCAGUAGCCUAAGUGCCCAUACAGCUCCUACGAAGAUGACGAAGUUUGAGAUCAACUAAUUUAUGUUUGAGCAGAAUUUUUACAUUUUCAUAAUUUCUAAGUCACCAACAUCCUUCAUUUCUGUACAUUCAAUAGCAAAAGAGGAAGGUCAUGUUUGAAAAACAUACUAGCUGA